AUGUCGGAAAACACCCUGGAAAAGUCACAGGAGGACGUCAAACAGCUGGACGUCCCGGUGGAAGUUGACUCUGCCAGUUUGCGUAGCGACAAGACUGGUUUCAUUACAACUCGCCUCGAGCUGUGGGCGUUUUAUGUUUAUUACAUCGGAAACAACGGACUCUCAGGUUUCAACUUCGGACCGUCCCAGUUUCAAAACUUGCUUUACCUCGCGGGAUACGACCCAAGCCAACCUCCGUUCACGUCACCUUGUGGGAGCGAUACGCAAUGUGUUCUUCCGUACCUCGGCCGCGUCCGCGACAUAAACUCAAUUGUCCUGCUCACGAACGGCAUAAGCUUUGCGGUACAGGCAGUAGUACUCCUCCUUAUAGGAGCCUGGGCGGAUUACGGCCAGUGGAGACCCAAUAUAACGAUUUUCUUCACUAUAGUGGCCAUCGCUGUGUCCUUUGCAUGGCUCGGAGUUGAAGAUCCGUCGAAGUGGCAAGCAGGCGUCGCAUUGUACAUUCUCGGAUUGAUCACUUAUCAGUGUGCUCUAACAUUUUGGACAGCCGCCUUUCCCGGACUCGCUCGCGAUCUGCCUGAGGUCAAGGAGUCUGCACUGCACGCAGCAGAGGGCACGAAACUGCGCGAAGAUCAUGCUCAGUUCGAAUCGAUCUCUCGGAAUCGCAUCUCUAACGUCUCCUUCGCCGUAAGCUCUGUGGGCGAGAUCCUGAUCCUGGUCGUGAUGGUCGGCAUACUUGAAGGGCUGCAUUCCAGUGCGAGCACUGAAAACAACACGAAAGCAUUCAGUGUCCUAAUCGCCUUCUCGGGUGCCGUCUGGCUUCUCUGCGCCUUGCCAUGGUUCUUCCUCGAGAGACGCCGACCGGGACUGGCGCUGCCCCCAAACAUUCCUAUAUCUCAUUUUCUACUUCUUGAUGGAGACGUUCUGAACACUUCAGUCACGGUUAUCGGCACGCUGCAGAACAGCGUUGUGUCGUAUUCGACACUGCAGUUGACACUGCUCCUGAUUGUCGGCAUUGUUACUCAAGCACUAGGAAUUUAUCUGUUCUGGAUCGUUCAGAAAAAGUUUCAAAUAUCAACAAAAACGAUGCUCUGCUUCAACGUGUUCUGGAUUUUGAUCCUGACCGUGUGGGGGCUCAUUGGUAUACACACCAACAAGUUCGGAUUCAAGCACGUCUGGGAGAUCUGGUUGUAUCAGGCGUACUAUGGCCUGAUGGUGUGCCCGUGGUAUGCGUACAGUCAGACGAUGAUCAGCGAGGUCUCUCCGCUGCCUCAAAUGUUCCUUUUUUUUGCACUGUUCUCGGUGAUCGGGAAGACAUCUGCGUUCAUCGGACCUUUUGUCUCCUCCGCCAUCAUCACCGCGUCCGGCAACAACGACAAUUACCCGUUCGUGUUCUUGUUCACCCUCGGCGUGGUGAGCUGCGUAUUUCUGUAUUUUGUGGAUGUGCAGAAGAGCCGCGUAGAAUGUGAAGAGUUCGUUGCCGCCGAGGUCAGGCGCGAGGCGUUCAGCGAGACGCCAUAA